AUGCAGCGCAAGUUUUUAACUUUAGUUUUUAUUUUUGUGGCAGUAUGCAGAGCAGAUCUUGGUAAAUUCUUCAAAAAUAUGAUAGAAAAUUUAGGAGAAGAAACUACUAGCAUUUACUUUCCCUAAAUUGAUGAGGCAUAUCCUUUGCAAUUCUUGAGCUUUAAAGUUACAGCAAUUAAUCUUUUGAAUCUUAAAAACAAUGUCAAAUACUAAACAGAUGUUGACUAAUUUAUUUUCUUAGUUACUUUUGAAAACCCUAAAGUUAUUAUUGAAAUUAAUGAUAAAAAAUUUAAUCCAGAAAUCAAUAUUCAGAAAAUGUAAAUAUAAGUUAUAAUCUCAAGAGACUUUAAGACCUGUAAAUCUUUUUCAUUUACCCCUUGGGAAAAAUUAGAUUUAGAUAUUGGAUUAAUAAGCAAUUUCAUUCCAGAUAAAUUUUUAAAUAAUGAUUUCAUAAAAGGGUUCCUAAGGACUUUAGAGCCCUUAUUUAAAGCUAAAAUAUCUUAAUUUCUAUAAAAUGCUCCUAUAUCAUUAUUCUUGGAAAAAGGUUAAAUUAACAUUCACUUAAAAAAAUAAAAGUAAAUCAACAUGCAUGACGAUUUAUGA